UUCUUCAAAAGGUUGCAGAAUUAGCUAUAUCCCGCUGUUUGUUUGUCAUUACGAUCAUCUUUUUUUUUUCUAUCGUAGCCUACACUCAAGCAAGGACUAGACUUCUAUUAUCAAAUCUUACACAAAAUUUGCAGCACAAUUACCUUCAGCACUAUAAUGGUCUUUUGGUGUCCUACCGUGCACGCUUUUAGUUGAGCCUAUUAUUAUGUAUAUUUCACUUUUGCUUGCAUUUAAAAGCUUUUGCUCCUCCUUGUUGGAUUGCAUGUAAAUGACGCCAUCUUAGAAUUACGGAAAAUACCGAAUCUGUUUACGAACUUUCCCGAUGGACCACGGAUGCUGAUUUACGCUGAUUUACCGUUUAAUGAUGUACAAGUUUUUUACUAAAAUUAAGGGACAAUUAAGCAACACUGCAUAAAUCAUUAAGUCAUUUAAGCCUUUUAAAACGUGUCUUUUGACUUGAUAAAAAAAUGUAAUAUAAAAGCCAAAGCGAAAAUGACUGGUCUUCGUUUCUAAGAAAAAAUGCCCACUUGCUGAUAAGCAAAACGGCGGAAACUGACUUGACAGUUACAUUGUUUAGGCGCAAAUUUGAAAGACACACCAGAAAACAGUCCAGAAAAUUUGAAAAAUGGAAAUAGCAAUGGUUGUAUGGAUUGAUGAUAAACCAAUGACAAGUGGAAUAAUUCGAUUAACAGAGAUACGUUCUCCUCGAAAGGAGUUAAAAGAAUGCAAAGAAGGGGAAAUAGUUCUAGCGAAGUGCUGCGGAUUCACGGGGAAUCAUCAGUGCCUUUUGGCAAGAAUCGGAGAUUCAUCAAGAAGAGGAGAAUUUCAGACACUUUUGGGUCCAGGAUUUUCAGAGAUACUUAAAGAAUACAACCUUAACAAUACGUGUAAUCCAAUCCCAGAUUUAGAGGUUGAUACGCAUCAAGAUGCUCAAAAGAAUGGUGAAAAAAGAAAUCUGCAGUCCGAGAAGAAACCAAGGACUUCAAAGGUGAAGAGACUUCAAGAGACCUCUCCACAGAAGACAAAGAAAAAGAAGACAACUGAAACUGAUCUGAUCCGUAUAGCCAAUGAGCUCGAGCUUACUGAGCUGGAGUCUGUGCGUACAAGCUCACCAGCAAAACAACACCAUUCUAUCUGCCAGGAGACCCCAGUUAAAUCAAAUAGCCCUGCUAAAGAGAAUACCCCUGCAAAAAAUCAGCACCUUGGUUCAGCUUUCAGAAAAGUUACACCUGAAAAAAGGAAUUGCGUUGGAUCAGUGAUACGAGGAGGUCUUCUGGCACUAGACCAGACAACUGUCGACAUUACAGACCAUGAAAUGUCACCAAUAAGAGGGAAGAAGUGUCGAUGCCAGGAAGCUGUAGAAGCACUGCAGAAAGAAAAUGAAUCUUUGGGGAAUUCGUAUUACAAUAUGGCUGGAGAAAUUAGAUCUUUAUGGGCGUGAAUUAAUUUGGAUGUUCAACCUGCCCGGGAUAUAACUAGCACCCCAGUAAGUUCAACAUCAACCACACCAGUGGCUAGUCCUACACCAAUACUUUUGGAGCUGCUAACAUUGAAAUGUUCAGUGGAUUCACCAAGGAGCAGCUGAUAUCAGACAUUGAAGGUAUUGAGGAUUAUUCGAAGGCCGCUAAGAAACUUUUAUCGGAGACUGUACACGGAGGAGGAGUACAGGGGUAGGACUCUCACUGGAGCUCGGGCUAACAAACUUUACAAAGAAAGACCCCAGCUGGAAGACCCUUCCAAGCUUAAAGUGAUUUAUGGUAGGUAAUGUUGAGAUGUUUUGAGAGUUCUUUUUCACUAUAUGAACUGGCAGAGCAAAGCAAGCUGACCAUGAUAUGCAUAUUAGGGCAUGAAUAACAGAUAGUCUGAAUGUCUUCGGUGACUUUAUAUCCCAAACAGCUUGCAGGAUUUAAAUGAAACCUCACAGGAAUAGUGGUUGUUUAGUUUAGGUGUGCAAAUGGUGAAGAUGUUUGACAAAAAUUUAUUGCGUCAGGAUUACAUCUACAUUAGC